AUGAUUCGCCUGUUGGAUAAUUAAAUCUUGGUGCCAAUGGUCAAUGGCCAAACCAAACAAAUGGUAAUAAUAUUGUUCUGAGGGAGCAGCAGCCAGCAGCUAGCUCCAAUGGCUUCUCAUUCCCAGCUCUCCUCCAUCGCCGCAACCACUGGCCUGUACUUGCUUUCAGCUCUCAGCGUAGCCUUGCUGGCGAUGACCCUCUACAUCAUGGGUGUUCUUGUGUCCUUCGCUGUCCUCUGCAUCAAAGAGUUUGCUUGGAGUAGGAGAGCUCGUGAUCGACCACCGCUCGUCGGGACUAUGUUCCGGAUGCUCAAGAAUUUCGACAGGCUCUUCGAUGAGCAUGUGGAGUACGCGCUUGCCCAUCGGACCAGCAGGCUGCUCUUUCCUGGGCACAGUGAGCUCUUGACCUCUGAUCCACGAGUCAUUGAACAUAUCCUCAAGAACAGAUUCAGUAAAUACAGUAAGGGCGACUUCAACACUCAAAUCACGAAGGAUCUCUUUGGAAAUGGCAUUUUCACAACCGACGGGGAGAAGUGGCGGCACCAGAGGAAGUUAGCGAGCCAUGAGUUCUCAACCAGCGUCCUUCGCAACUUCAGCAGUGGUGUGUUCAGAACAAAUGCUGCAAAACUAACAGAGAAGAUCUCAUCGGCAGCAGCCAAUAAAACUUCCAUAGACAUGCAGGAUCUUUUGAUGAAAACAACUAUGGAUUCAAUCUUCAAAGUGGGAUUCGGUUUUGAGCUGAACACACUAUCUGGUUCAGAUGAACCUAGCAUUCAAUUCAGCAAGGCCUUCGAUGAUGCAAACUUUCUUGUUUUCCACCGAUAUGUUGAUAUAUUCUGGAAACUGAAAAGGUUUCUUAGUAUUGGCUCAGAAGCUAAACUGAAGAGGGACAUUGAGAUCAUCGACAAUUUUAUAAUUCAGUUGAUCCAUCAAAAGAGAGAGAAAAUGAAGAAUGGACGUGACCAUAAGGCCAGAGAGGACAUACUAACAAGAUUUAUAUUAGCAAGUGAAGAGGACCCUGAAACGAUGAAUGACCGUUACCUGCGUGACAUAGUCCUCAACUUCCUAAUCGCCGGGAAAGACACCACAGCAAAUACCCUGACCUGGUUCUUCUACAUGCUAUGCAAGAAUCCCGUGGUGCAGGAUAAGGUUGCCCUUGAAAUUAAUGAGUCACUUGAGUGGGCCAAGGAAGAUAACAGCAUUGAGAACUUCACUGCAAGAUUGAAUGAAAGUGCUAUUGAAAACAUGCAUUAUCUCCAUGGUGCGAUCACUGAGACACUACGUCUGUAUCCUGCUGUUGCAGUGGAUGGUAAGAUGGCAGAUGAAGAUGAUACCCUGCCUAAUGGCUAUAGAGUGGUUAAAGGAGAUGGAGUGAACUACAUGAUUUAUGCCAUGGGAAGGAUGACAUACCUCUGGGGCAAGGAUGCUGAAGAAUUCAAACCUGAAAGGUGGCUUGUGAAUGGAGUUUUCCAGCAAGAGAGCCCUUACAAGUUUGCAGCCUUUAAUGGAGCAUACAAUAUUGAAAUUAUGAAGGAUCUCUUCGGGGAUGGAAUUUUUGCAAUAGACGGGGAUAAGUGGAGGCACCAGAGGAAGCUGGCAAGUCAUGAAUUCUCAACCAAAGUGCUACGUGAAUUCAGCAGCGUUGUGUUCAGAGUGAAUGCUACAAGACUGACAGAUAAGAUAUCAUCUGCAGCAGCUAACAGAACAAUUCUAAACAUGCAGGAUCUUUUGAUGAAAACAACUAUGGAUUCAAUCUUCAAAGUGGGAUUUGGUUUUGAGCUGAAUACGCUAUCUGGAACAGAUGAAUCUAGUGUUCAGUUCAGCAAUGCCUUUGAUGAGGCAAACUCUCUUGUCUACCACCGAUAUGUCGAUCUGUUCUGGCAGCUGAAACGAUAUUUCAACAUUGGAUCAGAAGCGAAGCUUAAAAAGAACAUUCAGAUCAUUGAUGACUUCGUGAUGAAGUUGAUCCACCAAAAGAGAGAGCAAAUGAGUGGGCGAGAUAAUAAAGCCAGAGAGGACAUACUAUCAAGAUUCAUAAUAGCAAGCAAGGAGGACCCUGAAACGAUCAAUGAUCGCUACCUGCGUGACAUAGUCCUCAAUUUUCUGAUUGCUGGGAAAGACACAACUGGGAACACACUCUCCUGGUUCUUCUACAUGCUUUGCAAGAAUCCUAUAGUGCAGGAUAAAGUUGCCCUCGAAAUCAAGGAGUCCGUUAAGUGGGCUGAGGAAGAUAACAACACAGAAGACUUCACUGCAAGAUUGAAUGACGGAACAAUUGACAAAAUGCCCUACCUCCAUGCUGCAAUCUCUGAGACACUACGGCUGUAUCCAGCUGUUCCAGUGGAUGGUAAGAUGGUGGAAGAAGAUGAUGUACUACCUAAUGGCUAUAAAGCGAUAAAAGGAGAUGGAAUGAACUACAUGAUAUAUGCAAUGGGGAGGAUGACAUACCUCUGGGGUGAAGAUGCUGAAGAUUUCAAGCCAGAAAGAUGGAUUGUGAAUGGAGUUUUCCAGCAAGAGAGUCCUUACAAGUUUGUGUCCUUCAAUGCGGGGCCCCGCAUUUGCUUAGGGAAAGAGUUUGCAUAUAGGCAGAUGAAGAUCAUGGCAGCCACCCUGAUACACUUCUUCAGGUUCAAACUGGCAGAUGAAUCCAAGGAUGCUACAUACAAAACAAUGUUUACCCUCCACAUGGAUAAAGGACUCCAGUUGUAUGCAUACCCACGUUCUACUUGAAAUGCCAAAAUAAGUUUUUUUAAUCCUUUA